UCGAGUCGUGUCGUCAGUCGGGAGUGGUGACUCGCUCUCCCAGCUUAUCGACCGGUCCCACCAAUCGUUAUCGUUACAGUCGUAUCGCCUCGCAUCGUUACCCUCGUAGACGACCGUGUGUGUACCUGUGGUGUAUCACUUGUGUGUCGUUUACCAUCCUCCUCCGGGAGUCGGGUUCGUAAUCGAUAACAGAGAGUAAAACCGCCCGGUGCAGUCUUGUGGAUUAUUCGAUACCGUUUGAUACUAUAUACUGCAAGUGUGUUAUGGUGUUGAACGAAACUAAAACGCUGCGAAAGUGAACAGAAGACAGCACUUGAACUUUUAAUUAGAUGGAUACUCUACCUUCGCCAGGAGACGCGGGAGGAAGAUGAACGCGAUGGGAAGGGCUGUCACAUCUUGUCUACUGUGGCUCCUAGUGCAGUGCCUUGCUACACAGUUUGCUAAAGGAGCAUGUGAAUUUCCCAUCUCGUGGUCUGGCCGGUGGUUCCAGAGCGGGGUGCAACACCACCUGGUAGUAAACUCCACAACUAUCGAGACCAAGGGCAGCUGUGUCGAGCAUGAUGGUGACAAGUUCCUUGUUGAAGACAAGUCAGAGAGGUGCUAUAGGUGUGUUGUCAUUCAUGAAAAACACCCCAAUGUUCUACAGUACAAAGAAACCUAUUGUGUCAACAAGCACGGAGGCCUGGACGACCUCUGUAUGCAGAUUACGGGGGAUGCGCCUCUGUUCUCAAUGUUCCGCUCGGACGCGGCACCCACCCCUUGCCCCUUCCGGCCGCCCUUCACAUUCACCUACAACCGGGGAUCGGCCGACUGCAUCACGCCGGUGUCCAGGGCAGACGCCUGCACGGAAGACUCAAGACUUUUGCUAAGGUACCAAGCCUGCGCAGAUGUGCACAACUCAGAAAGCACAGUGGAAGAGCUAGUGUGCCUAGCCUGGUGGAAAGACGGCUCUACCCGGUACCUCGUUGGCCAGUUGCAGCACAAGAUGGCGACCAGUGACGAGGACCGCUACCGCUGCUUCGUCUGGGAGAAGAGGUCCUAUGGGAAAAAAGUGUCAUUCGACGUGGCACAAUCUGGAGACGCUACCUGUAACGGCCUCCUGUCACCCACAGAGGGCUCUAGGACUAUGCGGUUAACGAAAGUGGAGUCGCACCACCACGGAGACUCCAAGUCCUGCCGUUUCCCCAAGUGGCUCACUGAGCACCACCAGUGGCACACCCUGGACCACAGUAAAACAUUCCACUUCUCCCCUCGCAACGCUACCCUCAAGGAGAGCGUGAGCCCGGCCGGCAGCCCCAGCAAGGUGCAGAUGCGAGCUGUCUGUCACUCGUACGAGACUGAUUCCGACACCCAGGCUAGAAUUGUUGUCCAUAUCACUAUAGGCUGUCAAAGUGGAUACUCCUGUUUUGUAUUUUACAAAAGGGACGGCCACGUCAUUGAACUUCAACACUCAAAGAACAGCACCUCUCAGCCCGAGGAUGCUUGUCAUCCGAACAACUUUAAUCCGCAGACCUUGCCUUUCACUACCUUAAUUACAUCUUCCCCUGAAUUACGUCAGUGUCCGUUCGUAGGCCGGUACUUAGUGAGUGAAGGUAACACAGCCAGCGCCAGCAAACAGAUGCUGGAAGAGAAGAUUACGUGUGACCAGCAAUAUCAAGCUCUCCUGUGGGCUGUGGGCCCGAGCAUACCAUGGAGUUCCACUCUCAGUGCAGCUCUGAAGCUGUUUCUGGUAAGCAUUGUAGGCCGCUACUUAGUGAGUGAAGGUAACACAGCCAGCGCCAGCAAACAGAUUCUGGAAGAGAAGAUCACAUGUGACCAGCAAUAUCAAGCUCUCCUGGUGGGCUGUGGGCCCGAGCAUACCAUGGAGUUCCACUCUCAGUGCAGCUCUGAAGCUGUUUCUGCUUACUCUUGCCACGCCGACUGGUCGGACAGCAAUGCCACGACCAGGUACCUGAUCGCCUCGCCACUGAGCAGGAAGUCGGUCGGCGCCCGGCGGUACUGCUUCGUCAUGUACAACUCACCGGAGACCGGGCAGAGUGCCCUGCUGCAGGUGGCCACUGUCACUGAGAGUUGUCACAGGCACGUGUUACCUGGAGCCACUGGCCAGUACUGGGCCUUCAAUAUGACUCAGCAUGGUAAGUGCGGAGACUCUAGCGGUGAGCGGACCUCACCUAUGUCUGCCGCGCUGAUCUACAUUGUUACCGUGACGUUAACGGUGCUGAGUCAGGUGUUGGUGCUGAGGUGAUGCUAGUGCUCUCAGCCCCUGUCAAACCGUCAACCCUUAGAGCCUCCACCACUACACACGACAUAGUCAGUCCACCUUGGAUCUACGCUUUACAAUAGUGGAAGCUUUUUCAGAUGCACACUUGACAAUAUCCUUGUUUCAGAACCAAAUUCUUUAUUACUCUACUUGUGGAAUUCGAAUACAAGUGGAACCGAUUCAGAUAGUCAAAUAAAAUAAGUGUAAAUCAAGUUAUGUUACAACAUUUCUAUACGGAACAAAAUGCUAAACAAGAGUACGAUAGGUGGAGGGAGAAUCUCUUUAAUAAGGGUUAUAGCAUUUAUCCUGAACUGAUGGAUUUCAAAUUUUUAAAUAUUUCGACAGAAUAGCCACAUUUGUCGUAUUUCAAUACUAUUUUCAUUAUUCUUCCAGCAUGUAACAAAAGUUCUAAAUAAGUACAGAUGUUUGUACUCUGCCCAGAUGUAAACAAACCAAAACCUACAAAACGAAAUUGUCCAAUCUCGUAUACAUGUCCGUAAAUAUUUUUCAAGUGCAGUUCAACCAGUAAAACGUACAAAACGAACAGUGAUAGUAAGAGUAUGUAACGGUACAGGUACUGGCCUCACCACUACUUACAUGUACCGGCGAAUGUCGAGUGUUCAUCCCCAGUGCAGAGUAACCGGGUGAGAGACAAUGACAGAACUCUGCCGAGUCUGUUUCUGUGAUGGUGCUACAGUGUAAAAUAUGAGUAAUCAGCUUCUGCAGCCUACUCAUUAAAGAGUAUAUUUUCCAUUCAACACCAUUACUCAACAGUUUAUUUGAAAGUAUUUUAAUUUGAAAUGAUAUAUUUUCUAAAGUGUUGCUUUCUAUUACCGAAUUAUAUAAAGUGUCCAUGCCAUGUAAUGUGUAUUUUCGCUUAACGAAUGCUAUUGUUAUAAGUUUGUUGCAAUGGAAAAAUUACUCUACAAGUGAUUCAUUAACUGAAAUAAUGAUUGUACAGCUUGUUAAUUAUUUUAUAUAUAAAACUAUAUUUAGUAUAUUUUGAGCAGUUAAAAGAAAAAUAGGUUAACUGUAACUAUUAGUUAAUGACUGAUAACACACUAAGAAUAUUCCUCAAAAGUUCCUGAAAUAUGAAUUGGCUUCUGAAAUAAUGUUCAAGAAUAAAAUAAAGUAUAUAAGCUCAUGCGAGGAGGACUAUAGUUGAAUUAAUUACACAAUAUGACUGGAACCUGUCAGGGGAAUGAUGCCACCGUUUCAAAGCAGCCAAUCAGGUCGUCUCAAAUCGUAAGGUGUUGCCGUCACCACAUCCGCCCUUCACACGCUAUUCUCAGUCUUUGCUUAGUAUCCGACAUGUGCGCUUCACUCUUACUGUAUAUCCUCGUGUCCUGUGCUGUUGUAGGAGCGCACUGACCAUGAACGGUCCUUUUCAGGACUUGUUUAGCAGUUUUAUUAAACAUUUGGUGCGUUUAUAACGUUUGUAUUGGAUGUAUUGGGUAUUGUAUAAAUGCGAAUAGGAGUGGACUGCGUCAUGUGUAUGCGUAGUACAUGUCGAAGGAGUACCCUACUAUAAAAAAGCAAUCGUUGAAGGAUAUACAUUUAUUUAAUACUUCUUCUUUUUCGUUUGCUAUAGAACACCUUGGGUUUAAAUACAAGUUAGUUGGCAAACUUUUAAAGGCCAGAUGUAGAUGCAUUGCGGUGUAGAUUUCCUCGCCAUGAAGUGUAGAUUUCAUCAAACGUAAAUUUUUAUUAAGUAGUCUGGCUUGAUAAAACGUGGUUGAACCCAGACCACUCCAAAAAGGCCGUUUGUACAGAUGACAGUUCAAGGCACAAUGCCCGUACCUUUCGGAGAAGGGGGAAGAAUAAUACUCCUUCACGCAAGUAGAACCAAGUGGUUUAUUCCAAUCUGUCUUCUUCUUUAUUCGAAGAAAAAUAGUGAGUGCCUGAAGAAAUAGAUGACGUAUAGUUUUUAGGCUGGUUCAAUAACAAACUUAUUCCAACAAAUUCGAAACGAAAUGCAAUAAUAAUAGUAUUUGAUAAUGAUACAUACCUUUCUAAAGUGUUGGACAAGACCCCAGCAAUAUAUUCAAAAAAUGAUUGAUGUAAGAAUUGCUAAAAAAAUCACAAGAUUUACUUUGAAGAUGACAUGAAGAAAGCAGAACGAUUGGAAAUCAUAAAUUCACAGAAUCCUCAUUUUCCAAAAUGUUUUAUUUGUGAGUUAGCUAAGGAGUGUGGCCUUACUGUAAUUCGUUUACCUCCGUACAACUGCCAUUUAAAUGCUAUAAAGUUGGUUUGAUGCAAAAUCACAGGGCGUUACAACAAACAACAAGACAUUCAACAACGAUGGAAGUAACAAGAUUAAUCAAGAAAGGCAUAGAUUUAAUAACACAAGAUUCGUGGAAAAGAGUAGUUUCGCUCCAAAAAACACCUAACGAUUCAAGGUAAACGAUCUAAUGUCGCUUUUCCCCCUCCCCACCAAUGACUUAAGCCAGUCCUAUUUUGUAAUAAAUUCAUCUAUAAUGAGAAUUUAUAACUACGGAAAUGCAACAUUAUAUAAACACUCAUACAACGAAAGAAGUAUAUUUUUAACAUUGUUCGUAUGGAUAUCUGGUUCCAAUGUGUUCCUAAUAACUAAUAACAAUACUUAUAAUUGAAUGUGUUUAAAAAAUUCUUGAGUUUCACAAUUAUAUCACUCAACUCUAAAACCGCUGAAGUGAAUAUUGAGAUUCAAAACCUUUUGAGACUGCUCCAAAUAUAUGUCCGGUUAAAUACAUUUCAAUAGCUGUUGAUAAAUCCAAGUAAUUUACUUAGACAGUAUGAUUUACAAGUAAGUAAACUAUGUUCGUACUUAGAUAUUUGAUAUUUAAUUGGAAACUGAAUAAAUUUGUGUAAGUAUGUAUAUUUCACUCCUAAUUGUAUUGUUUUGUUGUUUAUGUAUAUUUCAUGUUGUUGAUAAAUCAAAUUUACGCCUCUACACCGUAUGAUUUAUCAGAUCGUAUGAAUCUAUAGGUUUGUAUUGAGCCAUUUCAUAUUAAUUGGAGGCCACUAUAUUUGUGUAACUAUGUAUAUUUCUCUCUCAAUUUAUUGUAUUAUUUUGUUUUCUCAUAUACAACGCUUUGGUAUGGGAUUUAGAGAGACAUUAUCAAGUGACCAAUGUUUGAAGAGACUUUGUGCAUUGUAUAGUUGUUAAUAAUAAUAAUAUUACUAUUGAUUAUUCUCAUAAUUCGUUCCAAAGCCUAUGAAAACAAAAAAUAUAUAUUUUACGACAUG